CGUCUGUCUGCAAAAUCUUCUCCAUGGUGGGUUUAAUUUGGGUGGAAGCAUCUUAGGUCAACUAUGAUUUGACCUUAAAUACGACCUCGGGUGAAAGGAAGUAAAGCGAAGGAAACCCUAAAUCGAUAAUAUGGCGAUUGCGAGGACGGGGGUUUUCGUCGACGAUUAUUUGGAGUAUUCGAGCACGUUGGCAGCGGAUCUCCAGAGGAUUCUGUCCACCACGAGAGAGCUAGACGAACGAGCUCAAGGUAUUAUAAGCCAUUCAAGAGAUCAAACUAAAUACUAUCUCGGAAUGUACUCUCAAAGCUCAAAGAAACUAAGUUAUGAAGUUGAUGAUUCAGAACUUGAAAAAAUGAAAAAGGAGAUUGAGGCUAACCAAGAAAAUGCACUGAGCCUCUGCACUGAGAAGGUCGUGCUUGCAAAACAAGCAUAUGAUCUCCUAGAGAGCCACGUGAAAAGACUCGAUGAGGACCUGAACCAGUUUGCGGAAGAUUUAAAGCAAGAGGGAAAAAUACCACUAGAUGAGCCAGCAAUCCUUCCAUUUUUACCUAUGGUUGGCAGGGAGGACAAACGCAAAGGUGGGUAUAUAACACCUCAGUCAAAGAGAUUUAGAGGAAGGGAUUGGGACAGAGAGAGAGAGAUGGAUCUUGAGCUGAUGCCACCACCUGGCAGUCAUAAAAAAUCUGUUACUGCUGUUUCUGACCUUGAUCAGCCCAUUGAUCCUAAUGAACCAACUUAUUGUGUUUGUCACCAGGUGUCUUAUGGAGAUAUGAUUGCAUGCGAUAAUGAGAAUUGCGAGGGAGGCGAAUGGUUCCACUAUUCAUGUGUGGGACUGACUCCUGAGACUAGAUUCAAAGGGAAAUGGUUUUGCCCGACAUGCAGACCUUGAUCUAAUUCGUGGUACUUGCUCAAUUAGCCAGGUAUUGUAUUAAUGCAUUGAAAUGAUACUGCUACUACAAAGUUGGAAUCCGGUUCAAACUUUGCUCUAUUACUUGUACUUUGCGCAUGAGCUGAUGGUGCGUUCGAAUACUUUGUGUCAACAAUGUCUAAAAUUGGUUUUAACUUUGCUGUAUUCAUGCAUUCAUACUUCAU